AAGUCAGUAACCGUCUCACUUGUCACGCAACUUCCAAACCACCUCCUCCGCCUUUGCUAUAUAGCCACCCUCAUUUGCCUGUAAUUUACUCAUAAUUCAAUUUUCGAUUUUCCAUCAAAUUUUCCCCAACUGUCUCCAAUUUUAGCUCAGUAAUGGCACUUGAAACAUUGAAUUCUCCUACUACUCCAACUCCGGCGUUUCAGUUCGAUAACGUAACCCUCCACUAUCUCGAGCCGUGGACAAAAGGGAAGAGAUCGAAGCGCCAACGCAGCGUCGAACGCCAUGAGCAACCUACUGAAGAAGAAUACUUGGCUCUUUGCCUUAUGAUGCUUGCUCGCAGUGGCGGCGGUUCAACGUCAAAACCCGCCACCACAAAUACUGCCGCUGUUGCGCAGAAAACCCAGUUGGAGCUAAAGAAAACUCGUCUUCCACCACCGCCAGCGGUGAUGACGGAUGAUGGUACUGCGAAGUUGUUGUACAAGUGUUCAGUUUGUAACAGAGCUUUUGGAUCUUACCAAGCUUUGGGAGGGCACAAGGCCAGCCACCGGAAACUGAGUGGAGGAGAUGAACACUCCAUCAACACUACCUCCUCUGCCGCCACUAUCACUGCUUCAGCCACUACCACGAGUGCAAGCAACCAUAGUGGGAGGGUCCAUGAGUGCUCCAUCUGUCACAAGUGCUUCCCCACUGGCCAAGCCUUGGGGGGUCACAAAAGGUGCCACUAUGAAGGUGGGGCACCAAGUAACAACGGAGGAGCCGCCGGCAGUAGUGUAGUGAUGUCGUCUGAAGGAGUAGGAUCCACUGUUACUCGUCUGGACUUCGACCUGAACAAGCCGGCUUUGCCGGAGUUAUGGCCGGGAUUUGGCUUCCGUGAAGAUGAAGUCGAAAGUCCCCACCCUGCUAAAAAAUCCCGUCUUUCUUUACCGCCAAAGUUAGAAAUCAUUUGAAGAAUUAGAUUAGCUAAAUUCACGAUUUUGUGUCUAGAAAAUCUCUGUAAUAUUUUUUGUUUAUUGUUUUUGAUCAGUGGGAUUUUUUAUUUUAUUUUUUUUGUGUGUAAAUAGAAGGGGAGCCGGUGACACAAUGAUUGUUUUAUUAGUUUGUUUACUAAUGAAAUUUAGACUUUUGAGUUCAAAUA